UCUAUAGAGCGCUCCCCCAGUCUCCCCACUACUCCCUAUGGAGAGGCUCACUGGUGAGUAUCUGGUGGCCAUAGACAGCAGUCUUUUUACUGGCCCUAUGAUGUGAGUGCACUGGACGGCAGCAGCUGGCAGAGAGCAGUCUGAUACAGUGUCACAGAACGAGCAGUCAUCACGUCCUAUCACUUUUUUAUGAGAACAUUUUAUGGUGCGGACGCAGCUCUGGUCACAUCUCUCAGAUUUAUUGCCCAUAGAAGCAGAGUUAUUGCGGCACGCAACGAGGGGACUACGUGCAGAGAUGUCCUGAUGAGGCACAGCUGUGAAAAUCCAUGGAGGCCUCCAGGAAGGACUGCAGACCAGGAAGAGACGUCCCUGUACAGAGGGGCCAACUGGAUGUGGACUACUGCUAUAUACCACCCAUACAGGAUACAGGACUACUGCCAUAUACCACCCAUACAGGAGACAGGACUACUGCCAUAUACCACCCAUACAGGAGACAGGACUACUGCCAUAUACCACCCAUACAGGAGACAGGACUACUGCCAUAUACCACCCAUACAGGAGACAGGACUACUGCCAUAUACCACCCAUACAGGAGACAGGACUACUGCCAUAUACCACCCAUACAGGAGACAGGACUACUGCCAUAUACCACCCAUACAGGAGACAGGACUACUGCCAUAUACCACCCAUACAGGAGACAGGACUACUGCCAUAUACCACCCAUACAGGAGACAGGACUACUGCCAUAUACCACCCAUACAGGAGACAGGACUACUGCCAUAUACCACCCAUACAGGAGACAGGACUACUGCCAUAUACCACCCAUACAGGAGACAGGACUACUGCCAUAUACCACCCAUACAGGAGACAGGACUACUGCCAUAUACCACCCAUACAGGAGACAGGACUACUGCCAUAUACCACCCAUACAGGAGACAGGACUACUGCCAUAUACCACCCAUACAGGAGACAGGACUACUGCCAUAUACCACCCAUACAGGAGACAGGACUACUGCCAUAUACCACCCAUACAGGAGACAGGACUACUGCCAUAUACCACCCAUACAGGAGACAGGACUACUGCCAUAUACCACCCAUACAGGAGACAGGACUACUGCCAUAUACCACCCAUACAGGAGACAGGACUACUGCUAUAUACCACCCAUACAGGAGACAGGACUACUGCCAUAUACCACCCAUACAGGAGACAGGACUACUGCUAUAUACCACCCAUACAGGAGACAGGACUACUGCCAUAUACCACCCAUACAGGAGACAGGACUACUGCCAUAUACCACCCAUACAGGAGACAGGACUACUGCCAUAUACCACCCAUACAGGAGACAGGACUACUGCCAUAUACCACCCAUACAGGAGACAGGACUACUGCCAUAUACCACCCAUACAGGAGCACAGGACUACUGCUAUAUACCACCCAUACAGGAGCACAGGACUACUGCUAUAUACCACCCAUACAGGAGACAGGACUACUGCCAUAUACCACCCAUACAGGAGACAGGACUACUGCCAUAUACCACCCAUACAGGAGACAGGACUACUGCCAUAUACCACCCAUACAGGAGACAGGACUACUGCCAUAUACCACCCAUACAGGAGACAGGACUACUGCCAUAUACCACCCAUACAGGAGCACAGGACUACUGCUAUAUACCACCCAUACAGGAGACAUGACUACUGCCAUAUACCACCCAUACAGGAGACAGGACUACUGCCAUAUACCACCCAUACAGGAGACAGGACUACUGCUAUAUACCACCCAUACAGGAGACAGGACUACUGCCAUAUACCACCCAUACAGGAGACAGGACUACUGCCAUAUACCACCCAUACAGGAGACAGGACUACUGCCAUAUACCACCCAUACAGGAGACAGGACUACUGCCAUAUACCACCCAUACAGGAGACAGGACUACUGCCAUAUACCACCCAUACAGGAGACAGGACUACUGCCAUAUACCACCCAUACAGGAGCACAGGACUACUGCUAUAUACCACCCAUACAGGAGACAUGACUACUGCCAUAUACCACCCAUACAGGAGACAGGACUACUGCCAUAUACCACCCAUACAGGAGACAGGACUACUGCUAUAUACCACCCAUACAGGAGACAGGACUACUGCCAUAUACCACCCAUACAGGAGACAGGACUACUGCCAUAUACCACCCAUACAGGAGACAGGACUACUGCCAUAUACCACCCAUACAGGAGCACAGGACUACUGCCAUAUACCACCCAUACAGGAGACAGGACUACUGCCAUAUACCACCCAUACAGGAGACAGGACUACUGCCAUAUACCACCCAUACAGGAGACAGGACUACUGCUAUAUACCACCCAUACAGGAGACAGGACUACUGCCAUAUACCACCCAUACAGGAGACAGGACUACUGCCAUAUACCACCCAUACAGGAGACAGGACUACUGCCAUAUACCACCCAUACAGGAGACAGGACUACUGCCAUAUACCACCCAUACAGGAGACAGGACUACUGCUAUAUACCACCCAUACAGGAGACAGGACUACUGCCAUAUACCACCCAUACAGGAGACAGGACUACUGCCAUAUACCACCCAUACAGGAGACAGGACUACUGCUAUAUACCACCCAUACAGGAGACAGGACUACUGCCAUAUACCACCCAUACAGGAGACAGGACUACUGCCAUAUACCACCCAUACAGGAGACAGGACUACUGCUAUAUACCACCCAAACAGGAGACAGGACUACUGCUAUAUACCACCCAUACAGGAGACAGGACUACUGCCAUAUACCACCCAUACAGGAGACAGGACUACUGCCAUAUACCACCCAUACAGGAGCACAGGACUACUGCCAUAUACCACCCAUACAGGAGACAGGACUACU